UUAUAUAAAUGCCUCGUUAAAUUAGGAACCACUCGAGAAAAGUAUUUAAUAAUUAAUAUAAUAUACCUCCGCCAGAUUAUAGAAGUUAAAUGGAUUAAGGGAGAAUUAAAUUCUGCCGAUUUCAUAAUGAAAUCGAAGCCAAUAAACGCCCUUAAGCGCCUAAUUAAUACGAAUACUAUAUAA